AUGACAAUUCGGUUCCUCGUCAACUUUGGCCUGUUGGCCUUGCCCAUCGCCAUCACACUGGGCGUGCUUAUCGGUCUUCAGAGCCAGCGUGAAGCAACAGGCGGUCCUCCCUUGUUCAAACCCGAUCCCAAACCGACCGGUCCCAAAAAGAAGACUGGCAUCACGACUGAGCAGCAUUGCCAAAAGUCAUAUGGUAUUCAUCCGGAGACCAAGGGUCAAGAAUAUACUCUCAAUCCUAAUCAGUGGGGUUGGGACGAAGGCGACGAUGGAGGAUUAUGCUUAUAUGUCAACAUGAACAACAACGAAACCUACGCCACAAACCAAACAGCUCCUCGAUGGUCCGUAGUAUGGGAGUACCCUCAAGGUCCCGAAACAGCACCUGUCCACGCUUUCCCCAACAUCAAGGUCGAUGGCGACGUCUUCCCUGCCAAGCUCAGUUCCAUUGACAAGAUCGAAAUCGACUUUGAAUGGACGUACUCGGUCGGAAACAAGUCUGCCAAGGGCGCCAAGCAAGCUACCAAGACGGACCUCACAGAUCUCAAGGACCACUUACUCAAUGCCAACGUCGCAAUGGAUAUGUUCAUGGACAGUGAUAAGACCAAGGCGCAGGACAGUGAGGAUGCGUCGCACGAAAUCAUGGUGUGGUUCGCGGCUAUUGGACCUGCUACGCAACCUCUUGGUUUCAAUGUUGAUGGAUCGAAUCCGCUUGCCAAAAAGACUCUUGGCGGUACUGAGUUCAAACUCUACUACGAUAUUAACCAGGCCAAGCAAAAGGUCUUGACAUGGUACUCCGAUACACCGGCCGAAAAGUUCGACGGCGACCUCUGGCCAUUGAUCGAGGAGAUUCUCUCCAUGGACAACGCUGAUUACCCCUCUGCGUCAGACUAUAUUGGAUACAUGUCAUGGGGUACAGAAGCCUACUCUGUCAACACGACCGUGACAUUUGACGUACCCAACUUGUCAAUAAACAUUGGAAAGAAGGCCUAA